CUAGUAGAUUAGGAUGGAUUGGGAGAAGAGGAGAGUGGAUUUCGAUCAAAAACAGAUGGGAGGAGCAAAGAGAGAGUUUUGGAAAACAGAUAGAAACUUAGUGGGUGUGAGAGGGAAACUUAGUUUGCUCUUGUCUCUGUGUAAGGUUCCGAGGAGGUCGUUGGUGAUCCACAAGAGUAGGCAACGGAGCUAGAGCUCAGGUUUGCGCUGCGAAAUUCGAGGUAUGGAACCGGUUCAAGGUGAAGAUACAUUCGGUGAAUUCGAGAUUGGGCCAAAUGGACCGAGGCCCGUGGAUCAAGUUGACUACCAUCUACGUGUCCGUUAUGCGGCCACGUUGAGGUUGAGAAACCGGAUAAGAGAUGUAGGGCAACGGUGGAUGUUCUAUACACCUCAGAUGCAAAGGCAGGUUGUUAGGCAUCGUAUCAUGCGCGAUCAAGACAUAGCGAGAUCUGAAAGAAUUCAAGAGAUGUCUGAUAGUCUUUAUCAUCAUUUAGAAGAAGAUGUUGCUGAACAUGGUGGAAAUCAAUGGCCUCCACCCGGUGUAGAAGUCGAAGGUAAUGAAGAACAAGAUGAGGAGGAUGAUCCGAACUACGAACCAAUGGAGGAUGAAGUUAGUGAGUCUGUUAAUAAUCAAGUUCAAGUAGAUGAAGAAGACCCUAACCAUGAACCCAUGGAGGAUCCAAGUGAAGUUGUUUCGGGGCCUUCCCAACCUCCUUUAGCUACACCUAUUAAUGAAGCUUUAAGAUUUGGGAAGUCAGGGAAGUUAGCUCCGCGUUUUGUUGGACCUUUUGAAAUUCUGGAACGAAUUGGAGAAGUUGCUUACAAUGUAGCAUUGCCACCUCAACUUUCAAAUAUUCACAACGUAUUCCAUGUUUCAAUGUUGCGGAAGUAUCAUCCAGAUCCUACUCAUGUUAUUGAUUGGGGAGAAUUCGAAGUGCAUGAGCAGCUAUCUUUUGAAAUAAGGCCACUUCAAGUCUUAGAUCGUAAGGAACAAGUUUUGCGUACUAAAACAAUUCCUUCGGUCAGAAUUCUUUGGCAAAAUGGAAAUGUUCAAGAGGAGACGUGGGAAUUGGAAACUGAAAUGCACAACAAGUAUCCAGAACUUUUCUCUACUCUUGGUUCCGAGGAGGUCGUUGGUGAUCCACAAGAGUAG